AUGCCGAAGGGGAGGCUCGAGGGCUCGAGGCUCUCGAUCCUGAAGUUUUUGCUGACGUGGGCCAGAGUGGGCCAGAGGCGGGCCGACGCAGGGGUGUGCGAGCGACGAAAUUGGGGCGCACAGGCGCCCUAUAGUAGUCACCGCCCACGGCGCCAUUUCGAGUUCGCGGGUCCUGUCACCGCCUCGCCGCCUAACCGUAACGGACCGAACGCCAGCGAAACUCCAAAACCCACACGCGAACGCCUAGCUCUGCCGUUUCGCUUGGAGGCGUUUCCAAAAGUUGCUCCGCAGCUCGCGACCGGGGGAAGGAAGGGUGCGGCGAGCAUCGGGAUCAUGGACGGCGCGUACUUCGUGGGGAGGGGCGAGAUCCUCCACUGGAUCAAUGCGACCCUCCAGUUCUCCCUCGCCAAGGUCGAGGAGGCGGCGUCGGGGGCGGUGCAGUGCCAACUGAUGGACAUGGUUCACCCUGGAGUGGUGCCGAUGCAUAAGGUGAAUUUUGAUGCGAAGACCGAAUAUGACAUGAUCCAGAACUACAAGAUUCUUCAAGAUGUGUUCAACAAGCUGCGCAUAAGCAAGAAUAUUGAGGUCAACAAGCUUGUUAAAGGACGCCCAUUGGAUAACUUGGAAUUUCUUCAGUGGUUGAAAAGAUAUUGUGAUUCUGUAAAUGGUGGAAUCAUGAAUGAAAACUACAAUCCUGUAGAAAAGAGGUCCAAGGGAUGCAAAGAGCGCAGCUUAAAGGGGCCCAAUAAGUCAUCUAAAUCACUGCAAGCCAAUAGACUUUCUGGUCCCGAUUCAGCAGAUGGAGGCCCUGGAGUUGGAAAAGCAUGUAACACUGUUGCUGAAGAGCAUUACAUAGAACAGAUUCAGCAGCUAUCUGAAAAGAUUGCAGACCUGAAAGUUUCUGUGGACGGUACUGAAAAAGAAAGAGAUUUCUACUUCUCAAAGUUGCGUGAUAUUGAGAUACUGUGUCAACGACCUGAGUUGGAGCAUCUUCCGAUGACGAAGGCGAUUCGGAAAAUACUUUAUGCAGCAAAUGCAAGGGAUUCACCACUACCUGAGGCUAAUGAAAUAAUCACCAAGUCACCAGGCUUGUUCACAGAUGAAGUGGAGUGAGAUGUGCCGCUAAAUGAGUUAAUUUUGCGGUUAUUAUCUAUCGUCGGCAAGCGUAGUUCUGAAUCUGUAAAUGAGUAGAUAACAUUUGACAUUAGCCAUCGUGGCAUGUCAAAAACAGUUUUCCUCCCAUGAACUUGCGACUUGCAAGUUAACUAGUUAUGAUGCUUUCAUGCUCAACGUGCAUGCCCCCUUACGUUUU